GCCAGGGGUUCCCAGCCGCAGUUCGUGCGGGAGAGCCCCCGGCCGCUCCCAGACCCGCCCGAGUUUGAUGUGGUGGUGUGCGGGGGCACGCUAGGCGUGUUCAUGGCAGCCGCGCUUGCGGUGCGGGGCUUGCGAGUGGCGGUGGUGGAACGAGGGCCGCUGCGGGGCCGCGAGCAGGAGUGGAACAUCAGUCGCAAGGAGCUGCUGGAGUUGGAGCACGUGGGGGUGGCGACGAGGGAGGAGCUGGAGGCCUGCAUUGCGAUUGAGUUCAACCCAGUCCGAGUGGGAUUCGCAUGGCAACCGGGACAUGACACCCACGCCACCUCCGGCGCCGCUCCGAGCCCCACCCCUGCCGGCCCAGCCUCUGCCGGAGCCACCGCCGGCAGCAGCUCCGCCCUUGCGGCUGCUGCUGCCGGCACCGCAGGAGCUGUGACCCCGAACCCCGAUACCACCAGCCGCCAAUACUCCCGCAUUGCAACGCCCACAUCCACACCUGGUUCUGGGUUAAGUGACGCCACUAUUAGGAGUAGCGGCGCCUCAGGCAGCCUCGGCGCUGCUGCCGGCGGUGGUGGUUUCAGGGGCACGGAGGUGUGGACUCGCGAUGUGUUGAACCUGGGGGUGCGGCCCGAUGCACUCGUGGGCCUGAUGCGGCGGAAACUGGAAUCGUACGGGGGUGUGGUGCUGGAGCGUACGGCACUCGACGGGAUAUCCGUGCAUCCGAACGGCUGCGGCCUCUCUAUACGUCCCCAGAGCGCCGGCUCACCUGAAGCCAGCAAGGGAACAGCCUCCCCUGGCGACGACGCUGCUGACUCAUCAGCCUCUUCCACGCAGCCGCCCCUGACAGCGCGGUUGGUUCUGGACUGCAUGGGCCACUUCAGCCCCAUUGUACGGCAGAUCCGCUGGGGCCAGCGGCCGGAUGGUGUGUGCCUGGUGGUGGGCAGCAUGGCCACCGGCUUCCCACCCAAUACCACCGCGGACGUCAUCCUGACCACCACACCGCUGCAACCCCCGGAGGCGCCCUUCAACAGGGCGCAAUACUUUUGGGAGGCCUUCCCCGCCGCUCACCAUGCCUCCUCCUCUUCCUCCCCCUCCUCCGCUCGCACCACCUACAUGUUCACCUACACCACCGCGGAGGCCUACCGGGGCUCCCUGGGGGCCCUGCUCGAGGACUACUGGCGACUCAUGCCGCAGUACCAGGGCGUUCGGUUGGAGGACAUUGACAUCCAGCGCGUGCUGUUCGGCUUCUUCCCGGCCUACAAGGACACUCCCCUCAAGCCGGCAUUCGACAGAGUACUCCAAGUGGGUGACGCUGGCGGGCUGCAGUCGCCCCUCUCCUUCGGCGGCCUGGCAGCGCUCAGCCGCCAUGUGGGCCGCCUCACCGCCGCAAUCACCGAGGCGGUUGACACGGACGCCUUGGAUCGUUCCUCGCUGGGCCUCAUCGCCUCGUACAACCCCGGCCUGUCGAGCAGUUGGAUGAUGCAGAAGGCCAUGAGUGUACGGCAGGGGCAGCCGCCGCCGCCGCAGCUCAUAAACCGCAUGCUGGUGAGGACUGGCAGGGUUGAGGACUGUGGGCAGACAGGGUUCGGGAGAUGCUCCUGUAGCUGAAGAAUGGGUUAUUAGGACUUGCGGGUAUGUUGAUUUGGGAUGUGGGAGAGGAGUCGCGGGCAGGCUGCGAGGCGCCAGUGGUGUGGCGUGACCCACGGUUCAUCAGCGCAUGAAUCAUACAUGGUUCGGUGGUGCUUCAUGCUAGCGAAGCACGACGUGUUCCUCUCGUGUCCUCUCCUCUAAGCCCCCUGGAUGCCUGCUAGCUUUCCCGCCCUCUUCCAGGCGGGUAACUUCCGAGCUAUGGAGCGGCUUGGGGACCCCGUCCUCAAGCCUUUCUUGCAGGACAUCAUCCAGUUCGGCCCCAUGAUGCUGACCCUGACCGCCCAAAUGCUCUCCGACCCCGCCACCAUCCCCGCCCUCAUCGCCCAUGUGGGCCCGCUGUCCCUGCUCCAGUGGACCGCCCACAUGGCGUGCAUGGCCGCCUACACCGCCCUGCAUGCGGCCGCGUCGCUGCUGCGGCUGCGAGAGGCGGCGACACGGCUGCUCAGCCCGCGGGAACGGUACACAGUGAACCGGUGGCUGGACGCUUGGGAGUACGGCAGCGGGCAGGACUAUAGGUUGUAGCGGCAGUGGCUGAAACCCGGGGGGUGCAGGGUGUGGUGUAAGGGCAGUAAGCCAGCUGGUUCUGUGUUGAAAGAAGCAAAGGGCUUUGGAAUUGGCCAAUAAAGGCAUGAAGCAUGGGCUGCGGUGGCUUUAUCUGGUUGUGGGGCACGUACGGUGGUGAUGCGAUGUGUUCUCGGAGGAAUAGAGGGACGCGUGCAGGGACAGCAGCGGUGGCAGGCAGGUCUGUG